AUGCGGUGGACAGCUGAGGUCAUGGCGACGACCCCGCUGCUGGUGGCGGCGGUCCUGAUGGUGGUGAUGAUGCCAGCCGCGAAUGACUCCAUGCCCGUCAUCCCGCUUUUCUCGUACGCGAGCGUCAUCAACGGCACCUUCUACCAGAUCCCGAUCCUGUGGACGGCGCUGUCCGUGGCCCUCGGCGUGGACAUUCGCGGCGACAUCAUCCGAGGCCUGCCUUGCGUCAAGAUGCUGCACCAGCUUCUCUGCACCCGACCGGGCAACACGUAUCCGUCACACGCCAUCGAGAGAUUCAUCGACGACAACAAGGCCCUGAUCCGGAGGAUGUAUGGCGAGUUCGGCUCAUCGGCCGACGAGCCCUUCUCGUCGUCGUCGUCGUCCUUUAUUCGCGGCAAGCGGGACGUGUUCCACUCGGACUUUUGGCGGCGCCAGCCUCAUCAUCAUCGUCAUCAAGAGCAGGACUCGAGCGUGGCUGACGCUUGUCAAUCCAAGACGGAAGUCGUGACGCCGUACUGGGCCUCCAACUCGGCAGGGAAAAUCCGUGCCAUCGUCAACACGCAGCACUUUGAGCAGGCCAUCUACCAGGAAAUUUGCCACACGGGAAGACAAACGCGGCACUGCGCGGGCGGCUGCAGCUGCGAGCAAAAGUACAAGUGGCAUCGGCUGCUGGCCUACGACCCGGACAACGACUGCGCUGGCAUCUUCAUGGACUGGUUCCUGUUCCCGUCCUGCUGCGUGUGCAGAUGCGACCAGCACCAGCAGUAGUAAUACAGUACUGUGACACCAGUAUACAUGCAGUACCGCCUGGUGCAUACUGCGUGGACCCACCUGUGCUGUGCUGUGCUGUGCUGUACUGUACUGUACUGUACCACUCUCAUGCAGUGAUGAUGAUGAUGGCUCAUUCCUCCCCUUCCUUUACUGAUCGAUCUGCAUCCUCAUCGUCGUCCUCAUUCACCUCCUGAUGCUGGCCCGCGGGGUGGGGCUCGAGUCGACGACGACGAGUGACAUGCAGCUUAGAUGAUUCUUGAUUCAUUCCUCAUCACUCAUCCACCGAUAGCCAUCUAUCUCACUUUGUCUUGCAGCAUACAUACAUACAUACAUACAUACAAAACAUAAAAAUACAGGCGAAAGACGCACUCUCUCUCUGUCUCUCUCUCUCUCUCAGAGAGAGAGUAGAAUACAUGCAUCACCAACUCAUGGGAGCAAAAUCCUUCAAUUCCUGCAGGUGCAUGCUAUUAGGCUGAUCAUUUUCAAAAUGCUGUAUAAGCGCAACUCAUUCCUUUCCUUCCUUCCUUCCUUCCUUCCUUCCACGCAAUAUGCCACUUAUUAGCGCCAGCAUUCACGGUAUUAUUACAUCAGUGUUCUGUCCGCCAUGCACAUCAUGACUUAUUGUAAUCCGGAUGAUUCAACGAAUAAAGAACUUUUUUCGGCUCA